UUGUAUCAUAGGUAACAGUCAGCUUGACAGGAAUCUCAGGUUGGAUGGACACAGCAAGUUUGAACUUUUGUCUUUGUCCUUGCUUGGACAAUGAUUGACUAUCAGUGGUGUCUUUUUGUUUGCCAACAAGGGCCAAUAAAAAGUACAAACAUAUAAGUGGUCCUGGAAGUGCUGGAUGUCAGUGUCAAAAUGGUUACCUGCAAAGUAGCGCUUUUACUUUUCACUGCUCUCCAUUCAGUGACGGCCAGCAUUUUGGAUGACUAUAUCAAAACUGAAGGGUUCUGGAUAUUUGCUGUCCAGAAAAACUAUUACACAACAAAAACGAAUCUCGAAUGUGCAGAAAAAUGCAAUACUGAAACAAAGUUUACUUGCAGGUCUUUCAGAUACACUAACAAAGAUCAGGAAUGUAUAACACACAUAGACAACAGAAAAACAGCACAGAUGUUGCAAAGGAGGGACACAACUUUCUAUGAGAAGAAAGUUUACCUGAUAGAGUGCAAGAAAGACAAUGGAGUGGACUAUAGAGGAUCCUUAUCCAAAACCGCUUCAGGAAAAACCUGCCAAGAGUGGGCAUCCAGCACUCCACAUAUACCAAAUGUCACACCAACAACACAUCCACAUGCAGAUUUGGAGUCAAACUUCUGCAGAAAUCCAGACAAGGACCAACAAGGACCAUGGUGCUACACAACCGAUCCAGAGUUGAGAUGGGAAUACUGCCAGAUACAAGAUUGCAAUGAGGAAUGCAUCCACUGCAGUGGGGAGGAUUACCGGGGGAAAGCUGCAAAAACAGAAAGUGGCUACGUAUGCCAGCGCUGGGAUUCUCAAACUCCAAAUAGCCAUGGAUAUCUACCAACUCUAUUCAAAGAUAAAUACUUAGAGGAGAACUACUGUCGGAACCCUGACGGAAAACCUCGGCCCUGGUGCUUCACAACCAACCCUUUAAAACGUUGGGAGUCCUGUUCCAUCCCCCGCUGUGUUACUGAGCCUCUUACCAUCAUCCCAGAGAUGACUUGUGCAACUGGAGAUGGCAGUUCUUAUCGAGGAAACAUAUCUGUGACAGAGAGUGGAAAAACAUGUCAGGCCUGGGAUGCUGACAUUCCACAAAAACAUUCAAGAACUUCAGAGAACUAUCCUUGCAAAGGACUUGAAAAAAACUAUUGCCGAAACCCUGACAAUGAGAGAAUGCCUUGGUGUUACACUACGGACCCGUCAACACGAUGGGAAUACUGCAAAGUGCCAAGGUGUGAUGCUCAGCCUGAGACAGAACCAGUUGUUCCUCCUGUUUUGGACUGCUACGUAAAUAAUGGGAAGACAUAUCGUGGCAUAACAUCAGAGACAACCAGUGGGAAGAAGUGUCAGCCCUGGAGCAGCAUGAAACCCCACAGUCAUAAAAAGACCCCACAGAGCUUCCCAGAUGCAGGACUUGAAAAAAACUAUUGCCGAAACCCUGACAAUGAGAGAAUGCCUUGGUGUUACACUACGGACCCGUCAACACGAUGGGAAUACUGCAAAGUGCCAAGGUGUGAUGCUCAGCCUGAGACAGUACGGACAGAACCAAUUGUUCCUCCUGUUUUGGACUGCUACGUAGAUAAUGGGAAGACAUAUCGUGGCAUAACAUCAGAGACAACCAGUGGGAAGAAGUGUCAGCCCUGGAGCAGCAUGAAACCCCACAGUCAUAAUAAGACCCCACAGAGCUUCCCAGAUGCGGAUCUGAGGAGAAACUACUGCAGGAACCCUGAUGAUGACACAGCACCCUGGUGCUACACCACUGAACCCAGCGUGGAACGGGAAUACUGCAAAAUUGACAAGUGCCCAAUUGUGCCAUUUAAUGCCGCCACCACCAACAGCAAGCUUUCUGUUGAGCCUUCAAAACCAGAAGUACCUCCACAAAAGCCAGGUGCUAAAGAAUGCAUAGUUGGUAAUGGAGAAGAUUACAGAGGGACAACGUCAGUUACUGUGCUUGGGGUAACAUGCCAGGAAUGGGUCUCCAAUACACCACACCGUCACGACAGCUUCACUCCUCAGACCCACCCUGAUAAGGGACUUGACUCAAAUUAUUGCAGGAAUCCAGAUGGCGAUGUAAAUGGACCAUGGUGCUACACUACGGAUCCAAACAGAAAAUCGGACACUUGUCAAAUCCCCAAGUGUGAAGCCAUGGAAUGUGGAUACUCUGCUGUGGAACCCAAAAGAUGCUUUGGUAGAAUCGUUGGGGGUUGUGUUUCCAAUCCAUACUCAUGGCCCUGGCAGAUUAGCCUUCGCACAAGUUUCAAUGUACAUUUCUGUGGAGGUACUCUGAUACAUCCACAGUGGGUUCUAACUGCUGCCCACUGCCUGGAAAGAUCAUCAAGGCCUUCGCAAUACAAAGUUUUCCUUGGAAUCUUUACUGAAAAAGCAGAUGAGCCAUCAAAACAAGUGAAAGAUGUUGACAGACUGGUUUUGGGACCUACGGGAACAGACAUUGCAUUAAUUAAAUUAACAAGUCCUGCAUUACUUAACGAUAAGGUGCAGCCAGCCUGCUUGCCAGAGAAAGAUUAUAUUGUGCCAAGUGGAACAGAAUGCUAUGUGACAGGUUGGGGUGAAACACAAGAUACUGGAGGAAAAGGUGUACUUAAGGAAGCUGGUUUACCAGUCCUUGACACCAAAAUGUGCAAUCGUCCGGAGUAUCUCAGUGACAGGGUGAAGGUGCACGAAAUGUGUGCUGGAAACCUUGAAGGAGGCACAGACAGCUGUCAGAAUGAUAGCGGUGGUCCCCUGGUUUGUUAUCAGGAUAGGAGUUUUGUUCUUCAAGGAGUGACUUCAUGGGGGCUCGGCUGUGCCAAUGCCAUGAAACCUGGAGUCUACGUUAGAGUGUCCCACUUCAUUGACUGGAUUGAAAAAACCAUGAAAAUCGAUCCAUUAGCAAGCUAAUUUGUGCUCUGGGAGAUUCUGAACCUACAAUAACCUUUUACAUUUUUCUUUGUAAUUAAUACUUUCCUUAAUGUUUUGUAAAUACAGCACUUUGAAACAGUUACAAACAAA